CGCCCGAACCCUCCCGAACCCCCCGAACCCCCCCGGAACCCACCAGAGGCUACCGAACCCAUCCGAACCCUCCCGAACCCACACGAGGUUUUCCCGAACCCUCCCGAAACCGCCGAACCCACCCGAAGAGGCCGAACCCACCCGAAGAGGCCGAACCCACCCGAAGAGGCCGAACCCACCCGAAGCCUCCCGAACCCACCCGAAGCCCUCCCGAGGCUGCCGAACCCACCCGAAGCCCUCCCGAGGCUGCCGAACCCACCCGAAGCCUUUCCGAGCCCACCCGAAGCCUCUCCGAGCCCACCCGAAGCCUUUCCGAGCCCGAGCCGAAGCCGAAGCGGGCGCCGGUGGCCCCGGUGGCCCCGGCGGUGGCCCCGGGAUGGUGGCGGCCCCCCCCGGCCGCCGCCGCCGCCAUGCGCCGGGGGUUCCUGGUGCCCGAGAUUCGCCCGCUGGACCAGUACGACGGGGCUCGGGCUCGCAGCGCCGCCAGCCUGGCCUGGGCCAUCGCCACCGGCUACGGCGGCGCCGCCAACGUCCCCGAGGAGCUGCGGGACCCUUUCUACACCGACCAAUACUCGCAGGAGCACCUGAAGCCGCCGGUCGAGCGCCUCCUGCUGGGCUCGGAUCUUUAUUGCAGGGCCUGGGGUCACGCCCUGGCCCCUCCCCCCCUGCGCCCCUCCCCCCCGCACCCCCCCGAGCCCCCCCCCCGCGAUCUGGGGGCGCUGCUGGCGCUGCUCGAGGCCAGGGGGGUCCCCCCCAAAGUGCAGGGGGUGCCCGUGAGGCUCCAGGAGCUGCAGCAGAAAACCCAUUCGGAUGGGCGCUCACCUGGCUCUGAUCGAUUCCCUCAUGGCCGCUUUCGUCACCGAAGCAACAAAAAAUUUGGGGACUCCCCCGGGAGCUCCCCAGGGACCCCAAAGUUGGGAACCAAAAUUUUGGGGUGGUUGGAGACGGUGAACCGGAAGCUGCAGGAAAGCACCGAAAAAGAGGGAGGGGGAGGGGGAGGGACCCCCCCAAAUUUGGGGGUUCCAGAAAAUUCCUCAGCCCCUCCCCCCUGCAGCCACAAGUGUCCCACCCGCUGGUACUGGAAGUUGGUUCCUCACGCCAUCGCCUUCUGUUUGAAGGAAUCGGGGAAUAAACCUCCGGUGAUUCGGUACCGGAAGGACAAGGGCGCCCCCCCAGCGCCCCCCCCAUUCCCUCCCGUGAGGGGACUGCAGGAUUUGGCCAGCGGGGGGGUUCUGGCGGCCGCCAUCCACUAUUACUGCCCCCAAUCCUUGCGCCUCGAGGAAAUCCGCCUAGGGGCACCGCUGGCGCUGCCGGACCGGCUGCACAACCUGGGGCUGGUGCGCGACUUUGGCGCGCGGCACCUGCGCACGCGCUGCCCGCUGGCCGUGGAGGACCUGCUCUACAUGGCGCCUGCCCUCAAGUUAAAUGUUGGGGCCUUCCUGGCCGAGCUGUUCCUGUGCUUCGAGGUGCUGAGACCCCCCUUCGUCACCCCCCGGCAGCUGGGGGGGGGCUCAGAAUCUGCAGCCGGUGGUGAGAGCCCGAAUCCCAAAAGCAGCUCCCCUGGCUUCAACUUCAGACACCCCCUGCUGCAGGGGGGGGGGCAGCCCCCAGGGCUCCUGCCCCACUCCCCCUCCCUCCCCCACGGCGACGCCUUCGGCAAAGGCUGGAGCAAGAGACCCCUCAGCCACCCCCUGUCCCAAGCCGUGUCCUUCAGCAUCCCCUUCGGCCUGGACAGCGACGUCGACAUCGUCAUGGGCAACCCCGUGGGCGUCCCCGCCGGGAGCCUCGCCCGCUCUGCCAGCUCCGACAGCCUCGCCCCUCCCCGCUGCCACCCCCUCCGGGCCACCCCUGCCACCCCUCCUGGUGUCCCCAACGGUGUCCCCGAGCCCCCUGAACCCCCAAGUAUUGAGGAAGCUUUACAGAUCAUCCACAGCUCCGAGCGGCUCCUCCCCGACGGAGCGCCCGACGCUUUUUUCCUUCAUUCCCCCGAGCAAAACCCGCCGGAAAAUUCGCAAAAUUUGCCUAAAACCCCUCAAAAUCAACCUCAAAAUCAACCUCAAAAUCAACCUCAAACCUUUCAAAACCAAUCUCAAAAUCCUCCUCAAAAUCCAUCCCGCCCCAUGACGAGUUUCGCGGAACGCAAAAAAAAAUUAGAGGAAGCCACCAACGCCCCCCCCACAAAUUCAGGUGUUAAUUCUAAUUUGGGGGGGGUCUCCAGCACGCCAGGAGCACCCCCAGAAAUGGGUGGGGGUCUCAGCGCCGAAAUGAACCAACUGGGAGCUCGUUUGGAGGAGAAACGCCGCGCCAUCGAGGCGCAGAAAAAAAGAAUCGAGGCCAUUUUCGCCAAACACCGCCAACGUUUGGGCCAAAACGCUUUGCAACGCCUCCGCCAAGAUGAGGAGGGGGCUUCUCCCACCCUCCCCGAGGACGAAUUGAGUCGGGGGGCUCCUCAAAAAUCUCAACUCGUCCAAGCUGGGCAAUACGAAGCCGCCGUGGCCAGGCUGAGCGCGGCGCUGAGCUCGCUGCAGCUCGACAUGCAACGCUUGACUCAACAACAGGAGCGGCUCUUGUUGGAGCAGAGACCCCACGGAGCCCCCCAAGCUUGGGUGAUCCCCCUCCCCAAAUCCGGCAAGACCCCUUCGGCCACCCCAAAAAAUCCCCCGGGUUCUCCAGCUCCCGCUCGGAGAGGAGGAGGAGGAACCAACAGCAAUGCGGGAAAUUCGACACCGGGAGGAGGAGGAGGAGGAGGGGGAGGGGGGGGGAACGCGGGUUCUGUCGCGAUUAUCGCGACAGGAGGGGCUCGCAAAGCUCCACCCCGCAGUCCCAGGAGACCCCGGCCCGCUGAGCUGAGGUUGCCGCCCCUGACCCGGGUGCUGACCCCUCCCCACGAUGUGGACACGCUGCCCCACCUGCGCAGGUUCUCGCCCAGCCAGGUGCCCGUGCAGACCCGCAGCUCGCUGCGCUUCGCCGACGGCCAGGAGAGGGACGAGGAGGAGGAGGUGGAGCAGCGCCCCCCGCCCCCCUCGGCCCCCCCCGAGUCCCCCCCGGUGCCUCCCAAGGGUCCCCCCCGGGCCAGGCCCUGCGGGGACGGCACCAGCGACGCCUCCCUGUCCCCUGGGGACAAGGGGACAACGAGGGGACAG